GGAGGGUGAGGCCGAGGAGCGUCCGAGGGAGGAGCAGCUCGGAGUAGCCGCCGACGGGGAACCCCAUGUCUCUUUCUUCGUCCUCUACGUUUUCCGCUUGCUGGCGAGCUGUGGUUUGACUUAUAAAUAGAUUUUAUGGGAUAAUCAAAAGACAUGAGUUGGUGCCAUUGAUGAUGCUUUAAAGCCUGAGGAGGAGGAAAGGUGUCCCUAGGAAAAGAAACCAGAUCCAGGAAUCAAGUUUGGAUGCAGUUUCUGCUAACUCUGUAAGAAUGGCAAAUAGAUUGUCGGAUAUAAGAAGAGAGUAAAAGAAUCAAAAGCCAAGUAAUGCAAGGUAGCUCUCCACACACUAAAGAAGCACACUGAUGGAAAAGUAUAUCGCAGAGGGAGAUCGAGAUGAGGCAGAUCCAGUACUCCGAGAAGUACUUCGACGACAUCUACGAGUACAGGCAUGUGGUUCUACCACCGGAGAUUGCCAAAAUGCUGCCGAAGAACCGCCUCCUGUCUGAGAACGAGUGGCGGGCGAUCGGAGUGCAGCAGAGCAGGGGAUGGGUGCACUACGCGAUCCACCGCCCGGAGCCGCACAUCAUGCUUUUCCGGCGCCCGCUCAACUACCAGCAGCAGCAGCAGAGCACCCAGGCUGCGCCCAUCGCUUACCCCGCCCAAUUCGUUCCCAAGUGACGGCGUCCGUGCUUCCGAUGGUAAACAAUAGACCGAGAAGCUCUCUUUACUUUUGAGGGUUUUCUAAACUGGUCCUCGAACUCAUUGCGAGUAAUCUCUCGCGUUACUUUCUAGUAUCUGUUUGUGAGUUGGAAAAGGUGACUGCUGAUACCUGCAAACUGAGUCUAAACCAACUUUAGUUUCGCAUUACAUCAUUUCAAUCAUAACGCUUUAGCUGUUGCA